CUUGAAAAGUUGAAUGUUUGAAUUGAAAAAUGAAACCAUUGUCCAUAUUUUGGUAAAUGGAUUUCUAUGCUUGAUUUGAAAUUAAUAAUUACGGAAAACUGAAGUUGAUUACUAAUACAUCUGUUUAUUUCAAUCACAAUAUCGCAUUUCAUUCUUAGUGAUUAGCGACAGUGUAGUUUCCCGUAACCACAACACCAGAUAGUAAGAUGGCUAAAAGAACAUCAACAGUAGCUUUCGAGACCGAUGAACAACAACCGAAAAUUGCAAAAGAUGGCAAGAAAGAGGGAAAGAAGCAUUCCCUCGAUUCCGAUGAAGAAGAUAGUGGUGCGGAGGAGGAAAAGCAAAAUGUUCUCAAUGCGGAUGACAUUGAGGGGGAAGAAGACGGUGUUGCAGGAAUGGAAGGUGAAAUAACAAUUACACCAUUUAACAUGAAAGAAGAACUAGAGGAGGGUCAUUUUGAUGCCCAAGGUCAUUACCACUGGAAAAAGGAGAAAGAAAUCAGAGAUGGUUGGUUGGACAACAUUGAUUGGGUUAAGGUUAAGGGUAGACCAGAGGAUAAGUACAAGGUUCACAAGGAUGAUGAUGCAAAAGGAAUAUUAGAUGACACAGACAGUGAGGAUGAUGAGCCAGAAGAAAAGUUUGACCUCAUUACGAAUUAUAAGGAAAUUUUGCAACACAUGAAACCUAAGGAGACUAUAGCGAAAACUCUGCAGCGGCUAGGUGCCAGUUCCAAAAUAUCGAGUGCAGAGCGCUGGAAGAGGAAAAAGCAAGGAAUAGUUGAUGAGGGCAGUAAAAUAGUUACCAGAAUAACUGAGCUUGCUAACCAAAUAUUGACAAAAACUGGAAACAUGGACAUAUACCAAGAGACUUAUGAGAAAAUAAGCACCAGCAUUAAUAAGGAUGCUAAGAAAAAAGAUGAUGCGGAAUUAGAUAUGUACGCAGAUGAUUUUGAUCAAAAAGAAAAACAGAGUUUAGGUCAAGAUGGUGAGAGCAAAAAUGAAAACCCUGAAGAAGGUGAAAGUUCUUCGAAUGAAGUGAAAUGGGAGUUUAAAUGGAGUCAAGAUGACAAUGCUGAAAUUUCAGGGCCACAUUCCACCGGUCAAAUGAACAAAUGGGCUACAGAAGGGUACUUCAAAACAGGCGUGUGGGUAAGGAAGAAUGGUGAAGAUUCCCAGUUCUACAGUUCUAAUAGAAUCGAUUUUGAACUAUACAUGUAAGAGCUAGACUUAUUUUUUCUUGUUCUAUAGUAUCCCUGGUUGUAUACAUAGAUCAUUCUAUAAAUAUAUAGUAAGUAAUGAUAUUUUCAUUAAAAUAUGUUCUUAAAACUAGAAAUAAAAACUGUUUAAUUA